CUCGACCAUGCAAUACUGGCAGAUUUCGCGGACUUAAGACAGGGCUUAUCCGGUCUGCUCAUACCGCGCGCAUGAAAGAGUUGUAUGAUAGCUGAUCAUUUUGUGCAUCCGAAUGCGUCAUGGUCAUCACCAUGGACAUAAGGGCUGCUCGAUGCCGGUGUAGUUCGAAGAAGCAUAUGAGCGCUAGAACGAACCAUCAGAGCCAGCCUACUUAUUCUCUCAGCCUCCCAAUCACUGUAGCAUAUGGCUUCAUCAUCCCAAGAGAUCGUCUUCAUCACUGGCGCCAAUACGGGCAUUGGCUUCCAGAUUGUAUCGCAACUCCUACGUGACCAUGGAGACCGCUUCUACGUAUUUGUUGGCAGCCGCACGCUCUCGAAGGGUGAGGCAGCGGUGCAGAAGCUCCACGCUGAGGGCUCGAAGAACUGCGAGGCCGUCCAAAUCGACGUGACGGACAACAGCUCGAUCACGAGAGUGGCCAAGACCGUGGAAGCCAAAUUCGGUAGGGUCGACGUGCUGCAUAUCAAUGCCGGCAUAGCUCACCCAGAUAUGCACAAUCAGAAAGCAGGACAGGAUCGGAGACCGAUCUCUGCGACCAUAAUGGAGACGAUGCAUACUAACGUCGCUGGCGCCGCGGAGACUGCCGAGACCUUCAUACCACUCUUGCAGAGGGCUGAGAAUCCGCGCAUUGUCUUCAUGUCGACGUCGCUCGGCAGCCUGACAAUGAAUCACACCAUACCGGGCAUGAAUGCACUAUGGCCAGCGUACUCCGCCAGUAAGGCUGCGCUCAACAUGAUCAUGCUGUACUACUGGGGUCGCUACGGUAAAGAGAUGCGGAUUAAUGCAUGCAGUCCCGGUCUCAGAGCGACCGCACUCAACGACUUCGGCACUGCAGGUGUACCCAGUUGGCUCAAGGCUGGCGGUGUUGAAGGUGGCGCACGUAAUGCGAUACGCCUGACGCUACUUGGCAAAGAUGGAGAAAGCGGCACGCACACGCACUGGAAGGACGAGGAGGAUAAGUGGGAGAACAUUCCUUGGUAAAUGAUCCUUAGCAUGUCUCAACUCCGAAGGAAGGUGAUCGGGUCAGGAUGACCUAGGACGCCUUGCGAACUGUCCUGAUAGCUCCCAGCAUUGUUCUGAGGUUAAAACUGAAGGUCGC